AUGUUUGAGCACAUCAUCCUCCGCCACAUUCCUCCUCUCCUCCUCGCCACAACAAUAACCAUAGGCGGCACCAUGCCUCUCUGGAACGCCGAAAACGCCAUCCGAACAUUUGGCUUCAACGAGAAAAUAGCUGUUUCUAAACCCGCUCAUCCCGUGAUGGUAUCUGGCUCGGCCCGCGUUACUGCUGUUGGUCUAGCACUAUGGGGUUUGUAUUUGGGCGAUCAUUUCGAAGCGAUGGAUGUUGUGAUUGCGUCUUUGGGAUACUUGGCCUUUGUGGAUGGUUAUGUUUGUUGGAAGCAUGGGGUUCCGGGGAGUGUUGCUUUUAGAACGCUUAGUGCUGGGGUUAUUUCUCUUUGGGGGUUCUUUGGUAUGACAAGCGGUAAGUAG